CCAUCGACACGGAUGCCACGCAUAUGCUCAACGACUAUGACGUGAAAAUGGCGAGCACGGUGGGCUUGCGUGUCCUCGCCGUUUCCAAGAUGGUGUUGGUGGUGACAUCGUCUCGAACACUCGCCGGCUUGACGGCGUGCCUCCUGGGGAGGCAGCUGCCGAAGGAUACCGUCCGAUGCUCCCGUUGGGGGAGCGCUCAACUCUCGGUUGAACAGCGAGACUACGCCAUCAGGGACGUCGUUGCCUCGGCACUCUUGUACGAGGCCAUCCACAAGAACAAGGACCCGAUCACGUCCGUGCCUUCUUCACCAUUCGACCCGGCUAUCGGCUUGAAGGUGAGCGCCGACGCAUUGUGGUACCGGCCGUACUUUGAUGUGGACCGACAACAACAGAUCAUGGCAGGUUCCAAAUUUGUGCUGAAACCCAAGCAACAACGCUUGCCCUCGUUCUUUUGCCCUCUGCGCGUACUACAGGUGCGCCUCUACAACGCCAGCCAUUCCGCCUGCGUGGCGGUAGGUCACGUGAUGUCCGACGCCACCGUGGAGGCCGCCCUCCGUCACUGGCAAAGUUCUGCCAAGCUACAAGGUCUUUCCGGGAGCAGGCAGCGGGCAUGCCGUGGUUAUAGGACGCUCCGGGGCAGGAGGUGGCCCGGUAGAGGGGUCGCCGAUCUUGGCUGGGCCUGGGGUGGGGGCGGCGGGGGCGGCCCGGGCAGCGUUGCCGCAGUUCAGGGCCUGCACCGAAUGCGGACACCACAAGGGUGCAUACCCUGCUGA